ACCUCUCAUUGUGAAAGCAGCAGCAUGCUCGGGCCAUGCAUCACAAACCAGCACAGGAUAAAAGGGCUCCUGCCCCGGGAGCCUCAUCCAUAGCCUCCUCAGGAACAGCCUCCUCUUGCCUCCUCUGCCUCGGCUCCCUGACCUCCUGCCCCGAUGUCCUGCCAGCAGAACCAGCAGCAGUGCCAGCCCCCUCCCAAGUGCCCCUCGCCCAAGUGCCCCCCAAAGAGCCCGGCACACUGUCGGCCUCCAGCCUCCUCCUCAGGCUGUGCUCCCAUCUCUGGGGGCUGCGGGGGCCCCAGCUCUGAGGGCGGCUGCUGCCUGAGCCCCCACAGGCGCCGCCGGUCCCACCGAUGCCGGCUCCUGAGCUCCGACUCCUGUGACGGAGGCAGUGGCCUGCAGUCCGGGGGCUCUGGCUGUGGCCAAGGCUCUGGGGGCUGCUGCUGACCUGGGCUCCUGAUCCUGAGACAAGUGAUUUCAGAGGAAACAAGAACCC